AUGACGGCUAUAACACAAUAUAAAAUACUAAACUGGAAAUUUGUGAACUUGAAAUUGAGGCCAUCAGAAGCAAAUUACGACAAGGAAGAACAGGAAGUUAUCCUAAAAGAUCUACUUAAUAUGAAUUUAAAACAUUAUGAUGCAGUUCUGAGGUAUCGUGAAGGAAUGGAAAAGCUUUUAAGUCAAUUUAUAUUUGCGCAUUUAGGGAAUAGUGCUCUAUCGCUCUCAAUAGCUAUGGCUUUAGCUGCAAAAUCUGAAAAUUUGGUGUUUUCGGCGUACUGUAGUGACUGGAUCUCUCGACCGGAAAGCUUCAAGAGGAGCCUACGAUUGCUGAUGCAGCACGCCAAUAAACCUUUUAUCCUCACAGGAUUCAAAACCGCUAAACUAUCAGUAGUUACAUUUACAUCGGUAAUAUUUCAAUAA